AUGGACGUGUGGGGCCCAGCCCGCGUCCGUGGUCAGGGUCAGGAGAGGUACUUCCUGAUUGUUGUUGACGACUUCUCGCGCUACACCACGGUCUUCCCCUUGCGCGCCAAGGGUGACGUCCCUGAUAUCUUGAUCCCUUGGAUCCGCAGAUCUCGUCUCCAGCUCCGUGAGCGUUUCCGCUCCGACUUCCCUGUCCUGCGUCUGCACUCUGACAGAGGUGGGGAGUUCUCCUCUGGCCUAUUGGAGGCCUUCUGUCAGCAGGAGGGCAUUGCGCAGUCGUACACGCUUCCGGACUCGCCACAGCAGAAUGGGGUUGCUGAGCGCCGCAUUGGUCUGGUCAUGGAGGUCGCUCGUACCUCCUUGAGCCAUGCGGCUGCCCCCCAUUUUCUGUGGCCGUUUGCAGUCCGAUACGCUGCGCAUCAGCUCAACCUCUGGCCCCGUGUCUCUUUGCCCGAGACUUCUCCGACACUGCGUUGGACGGGAGAGGCUGGCGAUGCGUCGCGUUUUCGGGUCUGGGGAUCCCGAGCUUUUGUCCGCGACACGUCCGCGGACAAGCUCUCCCGUCGCGCUGUCCCCUGCGUCUUCCUUGGCUUUGUCCCGGACGCCCCUGGUGCUGAGGUACCAGACCCCCUCCCCCCUCAGGGUGCCGCUCCCUCAGGUGUGUCCCAGGUAGACCCGGGUGAGCCUGUCGAGGUAGCUGUUGACUCUCGUCCUGCUCGGGGUGCUGAGCCUGGGGGUGCUGCGUCUGGGGGUGCUGAGCCUGGGGGUGCUGCGUCUGGGGGUGCUGAGCCUGGGAGUGCUGAGUCUGGGGGUGCGGAGCCUGGGGGUGCUGAGCCAGGAGGUGCGGAGCCUGGAGGUGCUGAGCCUGGGGGUGCUGGGUCUGGGGGUGCUGCGUCUGGGGGUGCUGAGCCUGAGCGUGCUACACCUGGAGGAGCCCUCUCCUCCCAGCAGCUGCAGGAGAGGUACCUCGAGUACUGCCGCCUCCGGAGAGGUGCUGCUGGAGCUCGUCCCGGUACUUCCCCUCCUCCCCGGGAGCUCCCCCCCAUUCAGCAGAUCCGCGAGUGGUACACACGGCGCUGCAGUCUUCGGAGUGGUGCUCCUGGUGCUGCGGACCCUGGGGGUGGCGCUGCUGCUGGUGCUGAGGACCCGGACGGUGGAGCUGCUGCUGGUGCUGAGGACCCGGACGGUGGAGCUGCUGCUGGUGCUGAGGACCCGGACGUUGGGGCUGCUGCUGGUGCUGCGGACCCGCCUGGUGGAGCUGCUGCUGGUGCUGAGGACUCGGACGUUGGAGCUGCUGCUGGAGCUGAGGACCCGGGCGGUGGCGCUGCUGCUGGUACUGAGGACUCGGACGGUGGAGCUGCUGCUGGACCUGAGGACCCGAGCGGUGGCGCUGCUGCUGCUUCUGAGGACCCGGGAGUUGGAGCUACUACUGGUGCUGAGGACCCGGCCGGUGGAGCUGCUGCUGGUGCUGUGGACCCGGCCGCUGGAGUCUCCUCUGCUUCUGGAGACGCUGCGCGACCGCGACCUCACAGUUACCGCCUACCUCGCCUCUCCCUGCUCCCUCUCCUUACACUGGUCCCACAGGAAGCUCGCCUCCACUCUUCAUUCUCUUGGUUUCUCCACCUCUACCUCUGA